AUGUCGACGCCAGAGGAAUCGCCAGCCCAGCGGGCUUCUCGUCUGCGACGAGAGCGUCGUGAAGCCAAAAUCAAGGAGGGAGGCUCAGCACGCCUUGACAAGAUCACCAGCUUGAGUGGUCGCACCCCGCAGUCAGUUCACGAAGAGGCUUCACCAUCCCCACAGCUCGCCAUCUCCCCUUCGCCCUCGCCAGUACCACAAAAUCGACCCUCGCCAUCACCGCAACCGAACAUGCCGUCGGACGAGGCCCUCCAAGCACAACAAGAAGCUUUCCGCGCCAUGCUUCGGCAAUCGGCCCCCGAACAAGGCCAGGGCCAACAGGGCCCACAAGGCGAUGAUAUGGAGGACCCUACCAUCAAACUACUCAACUCACUAUUGGGUGCCAUGCCUGGGGAUCCAAACGGACCUCCUCCUGGUUUCCCCUCAGGUUUUCCCCCAGGUGCUGGCGCUCCUCCCGGCGGCAUGCCUGGCCAACAACAGCCCGGCCUUAACCCAGGCAUGAUCGCAUCCGCCCUUGGGCUCCCACCUUUCCUCGCCAACAUGCUCGGCGCAGCGACCCAACAGCCAACAGAGCAGGAACAGAAAGCUACCCGCCUUUGGAAGGGUCUGCACAUAGUAUUUGCGAUUGGAGUCGCGGUCUACCUAAUUUUCAUUAUCGGAGCUUCAGUUGCGACAUUCGGCAGCCCACCCCCCAAACCCGCAACGGCACAAAACCCAUUCCUGAUUUUCGUUACUGGAGAGGUACUCCUUACAAGCGGCCGGGCUUUGAUGGGUGGGAAACAAGGCGGGAUUGGCAUGGUUAUUCAACUCUUCAAGGACGUGGUUCGAGAUGGCAGCCUUGUACUGUUUGCGUUGGGCCUAGGAGCUUGGUAUACCCAAGAGUGGCAGACUGUCGGAUGA